GUAUAAACAAUUGAUAGGCCUAUAACGUGAACAGUCCUGAAUACCCCUUCCAACCCUCUUCAAGCAAGAUCAAUAUUUCUAGCUGAAGAGAGACAGAGCAUCACCGUUUUAAGGGAGGGGGUGUGAAUAAACUCACUCUAUAGAGCAAAGCCUGUUGCUAGUAUCACAUUUAAACAUUUGCCUUUUAUCUGUGUACUUCUUUCAAAUUUAGUGAUUAUUUCUGUAAUGUUUAAUUAAAAGAUUUGAUGAAAUUUAGUGAUGUGCUGUGGUCAGCAGUCAAGGGAUGGACAAGCUAACUAAUUUUACUCGUGGUAUCAACACUACAACAACAUCUCCGAUAUCAGCGCAGAAUUGUGCUUCAAACUCAUCAAGUUCAGCAUUUCUUGAUAGAUUGUUGAUUACUUCUCCAUCCUGGAUUUCUGUAAAUCAAGAUUUGAGAUGGAUUUUUCUUCUGCAUACUUAUGGAUUUGCAUGUCUUUUCUUUGUACUUGGAUUUUACACUUUUUUCUCCAUUUUAAAUUUAAGGUCCCUUAUAUCAAGCCGUCCUUUUAUGUCAACGAUUAAUAUAUUUUUAUGUUUAUUGGGUGCAUCAAGGGCUGCAUGUUUAUUUAUAGAUCCUUACAAUCUUAAAGAAAUAAUGCCAAAGAUUAUAGGAUCUACUUUGUGGGAUAUUGGAUUUCCUUGUAUUACUUCUGCGUUCUGCCUUAUACAAUUGACCUUCUUGCAAUUAACACAACUUAAGUUUGGACCAGAAAAAAUACAAAAGGAAUCAUGUCUUAGCCUUAUUAUAACAGGACAUUUUUUUUUUGUAAUUGUAAGCGACGUUGCUUUAACAUCACAUAAUUGUUAUAUGGCAAAAUAUGUGGUACAAACAGUAUUCCUGAUAUGGAGUAUUCUUUUAUAUUUAACGUUUCUUCAUGCAGGCUAUAAAGUCAUGCAUUUACUGAGAACUAUGCCAAGUAGUAUGUUAACAAGAGACAAUUCUAAUGCUCAUCACAAAGGUAUUAUGCAACUUGCUAUGCUAGCACCAUAUAGCAAUCUUGCAACAUCAGUAGCAGCUGCUGCAUUGGUGCCUACUUUAUUUGGUCCUAAAAUCAAAGAUUUAGAAAAGAAUGAAAAUGCCAACGUUGAAGGAGAUUCAGAAUAUAAUAAUAAAAGUUCUUUUAAAAUAUCUAAAAAACAAGAACCAGAUCAAAUAGAAGUGUCUCGUAGUAUUCCAUCAGUUAUGCGUGAAGAGACUCCUGUUCAGCCAGUAUCUACCGUACCUGAAGUUUAUGUUAGGCCACCGACACCUACUCCAUCAACUGCAAAUUUGCCAAUAAUAACAGUCUCCAGUCCAAGUCGAAGAAGCUCUUUAGCGAGUAGACGUGGGAGUGAUGCAUCUCAUCAUUCAUCCCGUAGAAAUUCAGAAUGUAGUGUUAAAUUUAUAAAUGAAGAAGAUCUACCAAUUAAUGACUUUAAAUAUAGCGCUGAAUUCAGCCCUAAACAUUCUCCUAGUAUUGAUAGAUGUCAAUCACCGGAACGAAUAACACGACGGCAUUCUGAGAAUAUUACACCAACUGGUAGCACUAAAGAAUUAAGAAGGAGCUCUGAUUUUUCUCAUGAAAAAAAUCGUAGCUCUCAGUUCGCCACUAAAUUGAGAAGAAAUAGUGAUUUUGGUAAUAGAACGCCGAGAAGAAUGUUACCACCAGUUGAACAGAGAUUGCCAAGAGUUUUAGAUCUCAGUCCUACAGGUUCACGACGUAAUUCCGACAUUGGUACUUUUAUAUCUCCUAAACAUGAGUCACGAAGAAAUUCUGACAUAUCCUACAGACGGAAUUCCGAAUUGGCUCAAAUCAAACCGUUAGUUAUAAAUCGUCGUAAAAGCGAUAUAAGUAUUAGAACAUUGGAUAAAAGUCCUACUCAUUAUCAAUGUAUAGUUCCUCAAAAAAUAGAAAUACAGGAGAAAUCUGAAUCUGAUUCAGAUCAACCGGAUUGUAAUGAAAAAGCUGCAUUGAUGAAUGAAAAAAUGAAAAAUAAAGGAGAAGAUGCAAAAAUUCGAAAGAAAAGCUUAUCUUGGAAAACCGAUAAAAAUAAAGACGAAUCGGAAGAAAUAACAGCAGAAACUAAUUUGCUUCCUGAAAAUUCUGGAAUGGAGAAUAAAAUUACGGGUACUGAUUUUACAUUGCAUUCAAUACUAAAUCAUAUAGCAUACGUGAAUAGAACUAAAUCAGAUACGCCGUUGCAUAUACCAGAAGCAACUACUGCAGCUAUUAGAAGAUCUCAAAUUCGGAAAGUAUUAAAUGUCACUUAUGCUACUGCAAUUUUAGGAAUCAUAUUAUGUAUCACAGAUCUUGCUCGUGUUUUUGGACCUUAUGGACUCUUAGCAGAGGCAGUAGCAUACGAUACGCAGCCAUUGCUUACUCAGUUCCCAAAGCCAUGGCCUUGGUUAUUGUAUCAAACAUUAUGUAGAGCUGUAGAGCUCAUAAUGGGUUGUGCAAUGGCAAGUAUAACAAAACAAUCAUCGGUAAGCCCACGCCAUCAAUAUUUAAAUAGUUAUCCCAAUUAUAGCACACGUGUGAAACGGGGUAACAAUCUUUACAUAUAAAGCAAUACUCAUGUCAGUCGUAAUAUAUUAGACUGAAGAACCAAGAUGCCAAAUUGGAUAUUUCCAUAAUCUUCUUAUAUACCAUCUAUCUAUCGUCAUUAAAACAUUUACAGAUUAUUCUUGUAUGACCAUCUUCUACUAAAGUAUAAUCUUUACUACAAAUAACAUUAUAUUCAGAAGAAAUUGUGUGUCUGUAGACAGAACAGUCAAGUAACAACCCUAUAUUUCUAUUCAAUUGUUUCCCUGUUUCAUACUUAAAUAAAUCUAAGUUAUUUCUAUUUUACAGCAACAAUAACAAAAAUCUUCAAGAUAUAUUUUAUUUUGAUAUGACUAUAUUUUUAAUGCUAACUGGGUGUAAAACUCAAAAGAAAAGAAAAGAAAAGAAAAAAAUAUAAAAAAAUGUAUUAAUAUUAUAGACUGGUAGAAAGAUCAGAAUCUGAUCAAAUACUAUAGUAGAAUUGCAGCAAUAGAUCAGUGCAACAUUCUAAAAAAAGUGUGUUCUGAUAAAAUAACGUUUAACUUUAUAAUACAAGUUUACACACAUAUAACUUAAUAAAUAAAUUUUUCAUUUGGUUAUAUAUAUAUAUAUAUAUUAUUCGAGGUAUAUAUAUAUCUAUUUUUUUAAUUAAAAAAUAUAUAACACAAUUUUACACUGCUACUUUUUAUGUUACUAUUAUUAUCUUAUUGAGUAAAUUAUUCUAUUGAAUAUGGUAUCAGUAGAUAUUUCAAUUUAAUAAAUUGGUUCUACGAUAUUUAUACUCAAAUAUAUUUUGCACGUAAAUUUAUUUUAAAUUAUUAGAAAAUAUUUAAAUAGAACUCUCUGCAAAAGAAAAAAAUAAGUAUUAAUAUAACGAAUGAGGCACUGAUAAAAAAAAAAAAAAAAAACCAAAGUGAUAACUUUUUACCAAGUAUUCACUGCAACAAAGAUUAUAUUUAAACAAUUUGUUCCCAAAUUUGAAGUGCCCUAUUAUUACAUGUUUGAGAAAAUUACUUAGUAUUAAUAAUACUUGUCUUGUAAUCGUAUAUUUUUCUAUAAGCGUUACGCUUCAUAUGCAACGGUUACUUCUAGAAUAAUUAAAAUGCUCGAUUAACAUGAAAUGUUAGAGACUUUCAAUAUAAUGUUUGGCAUAAUGUUAUUUAAUUUUUUUGUCAAGUGCCGUUGAUUAAAAAGUCUAAAAAAAAUAUACGGUUACAGUAUAAAUAAUUUGUCGGUAAUGAAAAAUUGUAACAGUGUUGUGAUUCUAAAUGUGAUAAAAGUUCAUGUACUUAGUAUGUAGGAGACCGUUUUAUGCUUAUGCAAGUUUUGCAUAAUAUCUUAUUCCGCGAGAUGAAAGACUGGUUAAUGUGACAAAUUUUUAUGUUGUUUUUAUAUUUUUUUUUAUUUUUUUAUCUAUUUGAUAUAUUUUACUCUAUAUUAUAUGUAAUUUUAUGAAAUAUUUAGAAAUUAUUUUUAAGAGUAUUCAAAUUGUCAAGAAAGGAGACAUAGUUAACAUGUAUUUAUUUGUAAAUUUUUUAAGGUGUUACGAAGAAAAAGGGUCUUUUUUCUCAAUAUAACUAAUUACGAGCAAUUAUUAUAUAAUAUAUAUAUAUAUAAAUAUAUAUGAGAGAAAAGUUACUUAAUAGAAGCAUAAAAGGUCUCGGUAUUCGUCUAUGUAGAAUUUAUGACAGAUUUUAGUAGUUUAAAAUAUCAUUGAUGUUCAAUGUGCCAAAUACUCAUGUUGUUAUCUAAUUAAAAUGUCUACAAAAAUGUAAGAUUUAACUCAACGCGAGUACUCCUAUAAAUAUAAAUAACAAACAACUAUUUAUAUACAAUUGGAUGUACAAUAAAUAAAACAGAUAUAUCUUUUCAAUUAAACUUAAAAUAAAAAAAAAAAAAAGUACAGUUGUAUGAAAAUAUAGCACAUAAAAACUAUUUUUAUGGAUGCAAAAAUAAUUAAUUGUGAAUAUUGGAAAUAUCCUUAUUAAAGUAAAAUCUAUGUAUAUUAUAAUGUUAAAACAUUGGAACAUAUGAAUAUCUUUACAAACGUAAUCAUUUAAUUAUAAAUGAAUUACAAAACAAUUUCAGAAAUGUAAUACAUAUUUAUAUAAUACAUAUGGAUUAAUCACAUAACUAUCGUACAGUAUUGAUGAACAGAAUCAAAUAUAUAUGUACACACACUCACAUACGUACACAUGUAUUUUAUUGCAGUACAAUUUCGAAUUUCACGCAUUUAUGCACUUUUUUUCUUUUAGUAAUCGUAUUAUUUUAACAAGCAAUAUAAACAUAAAAAGUAUUGAAAGAAUAAUAUGUGUAGUAGAGUAUUCAAAAGUUUAAUAUUUUUAUGUGACAGUAUAUAAUAGAAAUUCGUAGAGAAAGAAUCAAACAUUUGUUUUGAAAAGGAAAUAUAUUAACUCAGUAACAUUUUAACUAAGAAACAACCAACUAAUGCAUACGAUUAUGAUUUAUAUAUAAAAAACAGUACACUAAGCCAUAAUAAGUUGAAUCGUGAAAACAAUGAUUGAUCAUCAUUCAAAUACUUUAUAAAUACACAUUGUAUCCUAUUGUGUAUUGAUGUUAUCUAUACGUUGAUUUGUGGAACGAAUUGACCACUAAGAAACUUUAAUAAUUAACGCUACUGAUAAAUCACAACAAUUAUAUUAUGAAAGACGAUUGCAAAAAAUAAAAGAAAUAAUUAGAAAUGUCUUGCUUUUUACAUCGUUGCGAGAUAAAAUAAAUGAUUAUCAAAAAG